AAUUGCCAAAUUGGGCAAUUUGCAGAAUUUAGUGCUCAACCUGCUUGUCAUCCUUGUCUUAGGAUAAUGAUAAUUAUAAUUGAUUAGGACACCAUCUUAGCUGGAAAAUCAUAUGGUCUGAAACGCCAUUUUUGUCCUGAUUGGGAUUAUCACAUUAGCAAAUGGCCAAGAAAGCGAGGUGGAACUUGAAGUGAGUGUUCUCUAUUGAUUAAUCUCAAAGACAUGACUGAACACUCCCUAGUUGUAGAUGCAUGGAUACGAGAAGCACAAGAAGUCUCGGUGUUGGUGGAGGACAUAGAAAACAGGAUCAAGAACAAGGACCUUGCACAAGGACACAGGCUUAGAGACAAUGCUCAAUCCAAACUUUUGGAGGUUGGAGUCAAGCUUGAUCGCCUUGAAUCACUCCUCCAUAACCCUCCUUCAAAGCCCAUCUUAACCAAAGACGAUAUGAAAUUCCGAUGGGAAAUGCUAGCAGACUUCCGGCUAAGAACAAGAGUGCUGGUCGUCAGUCUUUACACAUCACCAUCUUCAAAGAGGGCAGGAAGGGUAACUGUUUCAAAUGCCAAAGAGACCUGUAAACUCACUGAAAGCGGACACCAAGAUCAUAUGAUGCCCUUCUUAUCCGAAGAUGACCCAGAGAUGCUCAAACCUCUUAUUUCAGAGGAUGCAUCCCAAAGUCAUAUGCAGAUGAAGCGUUCUGGUUCUUGCAUUCCAAUGAGUCUACUCAAGAAGGUGUGUUGGAUCAUCUGCUUGAUUAUUGGAGCAGCUGCACUUCUUUUCUUGCUGUUUAUCUUCUGUGCAGCUAUAUAAUGUGUAGUCCACCUAGAUUUUCCAAGUGGGGUUAUAUUAGGAUCGCUUCUUCGCGAAUUCAGAGGUGUGCUGUUCCUGUUUACUCAGAAAAGUAGCUAAUGUUUUACUGGUUUUCUAUAAAUUCGUUAAACUUGCUUCAUGAUCAAUGGGGCAGCAAUAUCUUCAUUCAAGUUCUCAAGGACUGGACUUCACCUUCCUAUUUGUUGAGUAUUGAGACCUGCAGAAAAUCUUGGAAUAAGUUGGCAAUAGCUGUUAGUUUUCUAAAAUUUGAAUUCAGCUGUAACAGUUCAUUUUUUAAGCAAAAGUUUGUGAGAAAUUCUGUAUAUAUAAAUAUACAAUUCAUUUUAUGACAAUUUCCUUUUCA